CUCCAUUUGCUUGCUGCCCGACUGGAUAGAUGUGCCUGUUGAAUUUAGAAGACAUUCCGUACAAAGAAGAUGCUAUUUAACAAAGAAAACCAGACUCCACUUCACAUAUCAGAUUAUAGCUAUGAGAAAACACUGCAGGCGAAAUGGUCAUUCCAGCGGAAUCUUCGCCAUUGUCGAUUAGGACAGCGUGAUUUUGAUAUAAAAUGGAAGAAAAUGCAGAAGCCAGAAGAUGAAACAGAGUCGAGGGAGAACACAGCUAAGAGAGAUAAGAAAGGCAUGCUGAAAGAUAUUAUGGAGGCAACUCAAAUACAUCUAGUAGUUGCCACACUACUAGUUACUGUUACCUUCGCAGCAGGUUUCACCUUACCUGGAGGUUUUGAAAGCGAUCUCAAUAGCUCUAAUAAAGGGAUGGUGAUUCUAAUAAGGGAAACAGCGUUCCGUGCAUUUGUUGUCUUAGAUGCCAUUGCCUUUACAUGCUCUGCUUGUGCUGUAUUCUGCUACUUCUUCAUUGCGGAAGAUGCAGCAGGUGUGAAAACAUUAGUAAUUAUAGCUGUGCGCUAUCAUAUAGCAAUUCUUUUGCAGCUUGUGGAGAUGUCAGCAGUUGUAAUUGCAUUUGUAACUGGUAUGUAUGCUACUUUAGCACAUUCACUUGGUCUCGCUGUUACUGUCUGUUCAAUCGGUUGCAUCUUUUUCCCUAUGUUCUAUCUUCUGUUAAAUAUUAGGCGUAUCUGCAAAUAUUAGGCAUAUAGUUAAGCGAUACUAGAUUCAAUCUCACGUAUGAUUAUUGAAUAUAUUUUUGUGAACGUUAUUUGA